AUGCCCGCGACUGGUGUAUCGUUACCGACCUUGGAAGCUUUGUUGAGGGGUCUGGGGGAAAUCUGGCACGCCUUCUGGUUACCAUUCGUCGCCCGAUAUUCUCUUGUCUAUGCUUGUACGAAGGGCGUCAACUAUGCAAUGUUUUUCUGGCUUCCCUUCUAUCUCAGCGAGGUUUGUGAACUCGAUCCGGGAUUGGCUGAUGGUCUAUCUGUAUUUUAUGAUAUAGGACAGUGCUUGGGCGGGGUUAUCGCGAGCUCCGUUGUAGACAGAAUGGCUAAGGGGAAGAAAUCCAUCGUAUGA